AUGGAAGUGAACGAGCUACUAAAAAAAGGUCACUUGAGAGAAUUUCUCUCUGACAGAGCGAAGAAUCGACUGGACGACAGGAACGACGAAAGAGCAACGAAAAAACCAGCCCCCACUUCGUCACCGAGACACGACCGGGUUAUCCACGUCAUUUCAGGAGGUUCGGAGAUCAGUGGAAUAACCCAUUCGGCCGCUAGGAGGAGCACUAGAACAGCUAGAAGUAACCAUGGACAUGGAGAUGUUAAAGCCAUGGACGAACAACUGUCUAGGUGCUCCAUCAGCUUUGAUUUCGACGAAGACAUGAAUGUGAUAGCCCCACAUCAUGAUGCACUAGUCAUAUCUUUGACUGUUGCUAAUAGCUUGGUGAAGCGAACACUCGUUGAUAAUGGGAGCUCGACCAAUAUCUAUUCAUGGAUGCUUACAAGGAAUUAG